UGCGCGGAGCCGGCAGUCCGGCGGGGCAGCAGCCGCGGGGUGGCUGGCGGUUGCCGUGGGGACCGCGGGCCCCUCCCUCCUCCGGUCCCCGCCCCACGCCGUUCCCCCGAGACGCGGCCGACGACCCCGGCCCUCCCCUCCCGCAGCCCCGGCCGGAGCUGCAGCCGCGACCGCAGGAGGCGGCGCCGCUCCCAAGAUGUCGCAGACGGCCAUGUCCGAGACCUACGAUUUUUUGUUCAAGUUCUUGGUCAUUGGAAAUGCGGGAACUGGCAAGUCUUGCCUGCUUCAUCAGUUUAUUGAAAAAAAAUUCAAAGAUGACUCAAAUCAUACAAUAGGAGUGGAAUUUGGUUCAAAGAUAAUAAAUGUUGGUGGUAAAUAUGUGAAGUUACAGAUCUGGGAUACAGCAGGCCAAGAACGAUUCAGGUCCGUGACCAGGAGUUACUACAGAGGCGCCGCCGGGGCUCUCCUCGUCUACGACAUCACCAGCCGAGAAACGUACAAUGCGCUUACUAAUUGGUUAACAGAUGCCAGAAUGCUAGCAAGUCAGAACAUUGUGAUCAUCCUCUGUGGGAACAAGAAGGACCUGGAUGCAGAUCGUGAAGUUACUUUCUUAGAAGCCUCCAGAUUUGCUCAAGAAAAUGAGCUGAUGUUUUUGGAAACAAGCGCCCUAACGGGGGAGAAUGUAGAAGAGGCCUUUGUACAAUGUGCAAGAAAAAUACUUAACAAAAUCGAAUCAGGUGAACUGGACCCAGAAAGAAUGGGCUCAGGUAUUCAAUAUGGAGAUGCUGCCUUGAGACAGCUGCGGUCGCCACGUCGCACACAGGCCCCAAGUGCUCAGGAGUGUGGUUGUUAGAGCAGUACGGGAGUGCAGAGGUGCUCAUACAGUCGGAUCUGGGACACAACUGUUGGAGCUCAAGGAAGUUUUUUACCACCAUCUUUUUCUACUUUAUACAGAAGUAGAUCUUUGUGCGGAAAGAAAAAUGAUUUGGGUGUUAGAUAAGCUAGUAAACGUGGCACAGCAAACCACGUGGUAAAUCUAAUUCAGUGGACAAUACCUUUAGAUGUAUACAUAUAUGUCAUUUCUGUUCCAUAGUUUCCCUUCACCUGGGGUAGGUCCUGGCUGUGCGCUGUAUAUACUCUAGCCUACUAGGACUCUGCAGCAUGGUACCUGAUGUAUGAUAUAAUAGAAUGUUACACUAAAUGUGGUCCAAUAUUUUAUUUUUUUUAAUCACAUGAACUGAAAUCUGCUGGUUGUGCGGUGCGUUGAUCGUCGUGUUGGUCGUGUUGCGCAGCUGGCCGUACGUGUGACCUGCCCCUCUAACUCGGGCGUUGGUGGCAGAGCAGUGCCCACUCCAUUCCACUCGCCCCUGCCCACGAGAUGUUCACGGGACCCACACUGGAAACUGGCUCAGUGGUUACUCACAUACCAAAAUAAAAUCCAAAUGGAGUUUUUCUACGAACCUGACUCUGUCCAGCACUCUGUUGAUUUUAAAGCAUCUUCAUCCAGAUCAGUUCAGGAAGGGAAGCCUGAAUACCUCAGUUCAGGCACCGUGAUCAACACUGAGGACUCUGGGACCUGUAACCACACUUCCCGGGCAGCUGAUUCUGCUCAGUUGUUGGGAAGUGUGACAGAGCCCGUCACCUGGGGCUGCAUACCUGUUCCCGGUUCGCUGAUCUGUCUGGUCUUCCUGCUAGAAAACACUGUUUGCUACUCUGCUUUUUCUGGGAUUCGGUAUUAUAGCAUCACUGCCUCUUUUUAAGCCUUUUAUCAUUUUGUGUUCCUUUAAAGGAAACCCACUAAAUCAAGUGAAUAUUAAAGGAAUACCACUAAGAAAUCCUGUAUAGCUUUUGCUGAAUACUUAAAUGCCUUAGUACAGUUAUUAAGUCAACACAUUUUUAAUUCAGGUGAGGUUUACUGAAGUAUAAUGUAUAUUGUAUUGCAAAGACUUGUUUUAAUAUUUUAAAGUGUUGAUGCAAAAAAAUAUAUAAAUAGAACGUUUCUUUAAAGUUGAAAUACAUCAUUAAGGCUGAAAAGUUUAAAAGCAUUCUUCACCUCAUGUGUUCUUCCGCUCAGCUUUUAGUUACAGGCUGAUUGGUAAAUGUCCUUUUACCGAGCAGCUUGCGUUGUUCUACAUCAUUCAACAGAGCACAGCAGUGCCACCGGCUCUGGGAAGUAACUUGGAUAAAAAUAUCAGUAUGUAUCUGUUUUAGAUAUUUUAACUUUGCUUUUAAAAAGCCUUGAACAUUUUACUUUGAAAAGAUAGAAUAUGAAGCAAAAUCUCAGACUGGACUGUUUCUUGGACCGACCUCGCUGGAAGAAUGUCUCAUUUCUGAUCGUGUUGCAGGCUGCUCAUUUGAACAGCUUCUUGCAUGGGCUAGGAGCAUGUCCGUUCCACCACAUCUGUUUAUUCAAAAGCAAGAAUUUUUUAAAAUAAGAUAAAUGUUAAGUUGGUUUACAAAUGAGCCUGUUAACUAAACCAUACGCAUUGCAUAUAAAUUCCACAUCCUUUGACCAAUAAAAGU